AUGGCUUGCUGCCCGACCGAAGAGAAAUAUGGCUACGAAGACUGUCGAUUUAAGAAAGAUGUCGACGAAAAUUUUCAUUGUUCUAUCUGCUACAAUGUUCUUAAAGAACCAAGGACGUGUAGGAAUAAUGAUCACAUCUUUUGUCUUGCCUGCAUCACUCAACAUCUUAAGGUGAACUCUCAAACUUGUCCUGAAUGUAAUGAGCAUUUGAGCGUCGAUACGCUUCGUCGGCCGCGUGUGUUGAAUAACAUGUUGUCUAAACUAAAGAUAAAUUGUGAUCAUGCCAGUCGGGGAUGCCCUCAGUUUACCUGUCUUGAAGAUCUCAAAACUCACGUGGCGAAUUGUGGCUAUGCACCUGUGUUGUGUUCAAAUGCAGAGUGUGGUAUGGAGAUUAACAAACAAGAUAAGGUCCAUCAUGAGACUGAAGUUUGUGAUUAUAGAAAAGUGAAAUGUCAUGACUGUAGACAGAUACAGGAAGAUGUCGGAACAUUGAAAGGAAGUUUAAUGGAACUGGAUGGGAAAGUGGACAAAGCAAUGACGGGAAUAAAGAAGUUGGACGAAAAAGUGGAAGCAGCGAAAGAAAUGAAUAACGAAAUGAAUGAAAAAGUGAAGGAAAUCAACGAAAAAGUGAAUGAAAUAAAAAAGAAAGUGGAAGCAUCAAGUAGACAAACGAAGAUGGAAAUCGGGGAAGUUAAGAAAGAUGUCAAAGAUACGAAGGACAAUGUUUCCAAAGUGAACAAAGACGUGGACGAAGUGAAAGUCAUGAUGAUUCAAAUGUUAGAGAAGUUAAAUAUGCUUGAACUGCUGAACAAACUGCCAUCUCCGACUGAGGGAAUGUUGAACACACCAAGAGAGGAUAUUUUGGUUGCAGGUGGAUAUGCAGGACCUUCACAUGUCCUUGGCAAAAGUACGGAAAUAUAUUCCUGGGAGAAAAAUGGUUGGUUUGAGAUGUCGCCAAUGAAUGACAAGCAUACUGAAGCUUCGUCAUUUAUCUAUAAAGAUCAGUUCUUUGUUGUCAGUGGAGUAAGUAGUAAGGCAAUAGAGACCUUGAAUCUUGAUGAAUUACCUUUGAAAUGGACCAAAUUUCUUGGGGAACUGCCUUAUGAAUAUGAUGAUCAUCAAACUGUUGUUUACCAGCAAAAUGUCAUUCACAUUGGUGGAUUUCAAUCUGGCACAUGGUCUAACGUGAUUAGUGAAUUACAACUUACUUCGCCCUGCAUUAUGAAACAGUUGUGUCAAAUGCCAAAACCACGAGGAGCUCAUGGCGCUGAGGUAUUCGAAGAUAAAGUGCUGAUUUUAGGAGGAUAUAACUUUGAUGGGACUACAGACAGUGUAUUGGAGUUUGAUCCAAAAAGGAAUGAAUGUAAAGCGAUGCCAAAAUUACCGUCUGCUUUGUGUGUAAUGGCGACAGUUCGCUGGAGGGAUGAAGUAGUUCUGCUUGGAGGUCUUGGUAAGGAUACACACCAAUCUCUGAAUGAUGUUUUCAUGUACAACUCCAAAACAGGCAAGACCACAGCCUUACCAUCCAUGUUGGAGAAGAGAUCUUACUGUUGUGCAGUUAUUACUGGAAAUACCAUUAUAGUGAUGGUGAGAACAAGACAGAUGGAUUUCUGA